UCCGCCUUCAGCUACGUCCCGGCAAGGCGGGCAGGGCCGCCCGAGCUCAGCUAUUUCUACCGGGAGGCCAAGGCAGGGGAAGUUUCCACUUAUGAUACCAUAUUUGAAAGGUCAGAGGGUUACAACGAAAAUCUUCACCGAAGUGACAGAGAACAUGCAAAGGGUUGUGGUCUUAACAUUAAUGAGGAGGAAAUGGCAAGACCUGUUGCUGUUUUGUCAUCUUCAGAGUAUGGGAGACGCAUAAAUAAGCCUGUAGAGCAGCCGGUCAGAGAGCAUGCAAGGUUUAAUCUUGUGCAGGCAGAAUUCUACAGAAAAAAUGGAAUCCCCUGCUUAUCGGAAAAAUCUUCUCCAAGCAUGGAUCUAUGA